AUGCCGAACGAGUCCCGCUGAACUACUCAGUUGUUUUUGUACCAGGCUGAACUUGACAGCCUGUGAAAUAACCUAAGUAGCAGGGCGUAAAUGAAAAAGAAUAAUUGUUUUAAUCACUACAACAAUGCACCCCGUAUCAGUGUCCAUCCCCUCUUUCAGAUCAGAGGACAACGCGAUGGAAAAAGGCUACACGGUUUUUAAAAUCGAGGUGCUGAUGAGCGGCAGGCAGCACACGGUGGAGAAACGAUACAGUGAAUUUCAUGCUCUGCAUAAAAUGCUGAAGAAGAUCAUUAAACCCCCUGAGAUUCCAUCAAAGCAUGUGAGGAACUGGGUCCCCAAGGUUUUGGAGCAGAGACGACAGGGACUUGAGCUUUACCUUCAGACUAUAAUCAUGGAAAACGAGAUCCUUCCAAAGAUAUUCCUGGAUUUCCUCAACAUCCGGCACUUCCCAUCUCUGCCAAAAACCGAGAGUUGUGGGUCAUUUGAAACAGAAUCAGAAGAGUCGAGUAAACUGACACAUCAGCCAGCAUUGCUCUUCCUGAGGGACCCCUAUCUGCUUCCUGCUACGAAUGACACGUUUUCAAACGUCGUCAUUGAGGGCGUAAUUCAUGGAAUUUUCUACCCAGACCUUCAGCCGAGGUAGACCGAAGCUAGCUCCACUUUGAAGAAAACAACGCCUCUAAUUAAUGGACAAAGAAAGGGAUUUAUCAUUUAUACCCUACAUCACGUUACAUAUUUUACUAACACUUCCGGAACCUAAUGAGUCCAAACUCCUGCAGUGCUUUUGCCCACUUACCUAUGUGCAUGAGUGUCCCUCAUCUAAAUAUUACUGGUUUAGCGUAUCAGCAUGGUCAGAUUCAUUCUUGUUUAAACUGAGAUGAAAACUGAUAUGCGGUUACCUCAUUAUGAGCCACAGAUCAUGCUGCUGUGCAGUUUUUUCUUAUACAUGGCUAUUCAAAGCAGUGCUCUAUUCUUGGAACCGUAAAGAUAGCCAUUACUACAGAUAACACAGACCUGUUCAGUAAUCAGACAGAAGUAUCUGCUGUUAGGACCAAUCAUAUUUUUAAUGAGGCAUAGGUACUGCUAAGGAGUAUUCAUUGAGCCAUUAUCAUGCAAUUACUAUUCACUAGCAAGGUUAGAUAUUGUUCUAACUUACCUCAACUUUAUUAACUCUAAUGUAAUUAUUACCAAUCAUGAUGUUUAUGAAAAAAGGGAAUCCAAUCAUGAACUUUAAUAGUGCAUUGUGGGGGGAAAAAAAACAGUAACAGCUGCUAGAAACUGUGAAAGGGAGACUUUUGUCAAAACACGUUACCAGCCUUUAACUCCAGGUUUCUGGAGACAGAUAGUGACACUGCAGUGGAAUUAGAGGAGAAUGUGUUCAAAAUAUCAGUUAUUCAAUUUAGUAUAAUGCAUUAGACACGCUGAAGUCUUUUUUCCAUGUAUGAUGGAUGUGACCACACUGACUCAAUUUCAAACUGUCCAAACCUUAAAGUAAUAGCUCAACCCAACAUGCUAAUAUAGCUAACAAUAAAAGGAAGGUAUUAGCCACCAGUUAUCUAUUCUCACAGGGCAAAUGUGAUCUUAUAAUGAGAAUACACAUCUGGGUAAACCUUUGGUGUUGGAUGGUGGCAAAAUCCGCCUCAAACAAAGUUACGCCCCUCUAGUCAGUGAUCGUUAAACAUCCAGAGUACAGUCACUAACACAAGCUAGCUAGCAAACUUUUUUCGUGUCAUAUUUAAUGAUGACUCAAAACGAGAAGUCCACUAAUUUUUCAAAACUUCUGGAUUAGUUAAGUUGGCUUGAUUAAGCUAACUUAACCGUUUACUUUAUUGUUCUACACUUUUUUGUACCGUUUUCACCAGUCACAGUUUUUGAGCUAGAACCAGAAAACUUUGCAGGAUCAAACAGUUUAGAGAGGAAUAGAGCUUUUAGAACUGAUUGCACGUUAUGAUUCCCCCCGUAGGGAAUUAAUAAAUAUUCAGAUCUAACUGCCAAAAAUGAUGUCAAAAAGGACACCUCUCACACUGACAUAGCAACCACCUGGGAUACCAUAGCAACACUAGCAACCACCUGGGAUACCAUAGCAACACUAGCAACCACCUGGGAUGCCAUAGCAACACUAGCAACCACCUGGGAUGCCAUAGCAACACUAGCAACC